CCAGUCUCCAAAUAAACCUAAGAAUAGAGAAAUCCGGUAGGCUACAUCUAUUCGUACUCGUAUCCGGGAGCCACCCGGCUAUGGCACCGCCCAGUCCCCACCCCCCACAGUCCACCAGGCACCAACCAGGGGGGUGGGGCUAACCGAUAAACAUAAACCUCUACCUAGUACCUAGUACCUAAGAACAUAAGACCUACAAUUUACACCUACCUACCUACUACUCAACAAAAGAAUCAAUCACUCCAUACUUCAUCAUCAUCCGCACAGCCCGAACACAAAGCAAUGACACACAUACACCCCCCCACUACCGAAGAAACAUGUAAACGCCGCCUCCUCCUAAUCUACAUCCACGGCUUCAUGGGCUCGGAAGCCAGUUUCGGGGAUUUCCCGGCCCACGUGCACAGUUCCCUGAAAGAGGUACUGGAUGAGUCACAUGUUAUUUAUACUCGGAUUUAUCCUCGGUAUAAAUCCCGGGGGGAGAUUAGUAUGGCGGUGGAGAAUUUUAGGGCUUGGUUAUCACCCCACAUAGCAGAUGAUCUUGAUGUGAUUCUCUUGGGACAUAGUCUUGGUGGAAUAGUGGCUGCGGAUGUAGCGUUGCUUUCUGCCUCCGAGGCAUCAACAACAACAACACCUACCCUCACGAAUCGCACUCGGAUAUUGGGGCUUGUUAACUUCGACGUCCCAUUCCUAGGUCUCCAUCCUCAUGUCAUCCCAACGGGGAUUAGAGGACUAUUCCGCAGGAAAGAAGACCCUACUUCAAUUGACACAACCAACGGCAUCCCCGAUACAGCAACAGAUGCAUUAUUCGACCCCCCAUUCGUCAACGACGUACACCUUGUCGAACGAGACCGGAUCAAUGGGAUAAUGCACUUCAUUCAGAAGAAUCAUCAGCAUUUGGUGCGGUCGAUCUAUGAGAGGGUUUUGUCGCCGUAUAGGUUUGCCGGGGGGUUGAAUAAUUAUGGGAUGCUGAGGAGGAGGUAUCAACGGUUGAUGGUGUUGGAGGGGGGGGAUGGGGAUGGGAGUCUGAGCGGGGGGAGGGUGAGUGGGGUUGUUGGGGAGGGGGAGGAAGGGAAGGUUAAGAGGAGGGGGAAAGGGAGGGAGGAAAUGGUGACGGUGCACGAUUCGGCUUUGCUAGAAACGGAAACGUGUACUGUGUAUGCGUCCCCGUCAAAGUCAGCAGAGCAGCUGCAAUUCACGAAUUCGCUCUCCACACUCGACCUAUCCACAGAUGAGGAUAGCACCGCGGCAUCGGAAUGCUCACUGGAAGUUACAGAGAGCAGUAUCCAGGAAAACAACAGCAUCGCGACACAAGUGGACAAGGCUACAAAGAAAGCCCCCUCCAAACCACACAAAUUUGUGCUCAUGCCCUCACAUCAUUGGAAACACGGAGACAAUUCACUCUGGGUACCGGUGCAGAUGGAAAACAUGGACGAAGUCACAGCACAUCAAUCGAUGUUUGUGCCACAUGGGGAUGGACGAAGUUACGAAAAGCUAAUUGGAGAGGUGGUAUCGCAAAUAGAGAGUUGGGUUAAGGAUGAUCUAAGUGAAAGGUUGCUUCAGGCAGAAAGUAGAAGUAGUAUGGAACUGAAAUGAGAUGAUGCUAGACAAUAUCCUUGUGGUUGCCCCCAAUGGUUUAAAUGCAUGAUCCAUCCCAAUUGCCAACCAGCUUAACAACCACCGCCCAGAUCUUUUCAACACAAC